CAAAAUAGAAAAUUAAAAAAUUAUUCCUACGCCGCCUCACCACACACUGCUGUCUCAUCCAAUCCAUGGACAAGGUUGCGCAAUAAGCUACACAUAUCCUUCCCAUUAGGCAUUAUCACUUCUACCUGCUUAGCCUCAAACUAUUAUCUAGAAGCUCUUGAUUUGUAGCUACGGAGUUAUUUGCCUAUUGAGUGCUAGUGUUUCUUUUUUCAUUAAAGCAGAGAGAAACGGAGAAUUAAGCGCACAGUUAUGCCCACUUUGAAUUUAUUCACAAACAUCCCCGUUGAUCCAGUGGUUGCCUCUGAUGUUCUUAAAGAUGCUACCAAAGCUGUUGCCAAGAUUAUUGGCAAACCUGAAUCUUACGUGAUGAUAUUGUUAAAUGGAGGGGUUCCAAUUGCAUUUGCUGGAACUGAAGAGCCAUCUGCAUAUGGCGAAUUGAUCUCCAUUGGGGGCCUUGGACCUAGUGUCAACGGCAAGCUCAGCUCAACCAUCGCAGAGAUUCUUGAGACCAAACUCUCUAUUGACAGUUCUCGGUUUUAUAUAAAAUUUUAUGAUGUUCAGGGCUCAUUUUUUGGGUUCAACGGCUCAACAUUUUGACUGAAGGAACGUAGAAGAUGCUGAGAGUUGAAAGAUUGCGCUCAAACUAGUUUAAAACUAGUUAACCGUUGCUUGUCGUGUCCUCUCAAACUAGUGAAUACUUCAUUAUGCCAUGAUUGUUUCAUUGAUGAAGAAACAUAUUCCUUCUCUGUAUCCUGGUAACCAGUUUGUUACUUAAUGGUUCACUUCAUCUCAUCUUAUAUGCUGGAGCCUUAAGAAGGUUUGUUUCCUCUAGUUUUGAUACAGCCUUGGAGCCCUGGUUAAUUCAAAUUUAGUAU